UGCCAAUUAAUCGCUAUCGUUAGUCAUAGUCCCUAGCCUUCACGCUAGACUUUGCGACUGAUUGCACUUAUACAAUCACGAUUCUAGUACGCUUUCUGCAUACGGUUCCGUAGCCAAAGGUUAAACCUGCUACCAGGCUUUGUAAUUAUGCAUCUGCAACUACAGCUUUUGCGUUACAAAUUAAUGCUACCGUCGCACCUUUUUGAUUUUUAACCGCAAUCCACGAACGUUAGGCGCAUUACUAUGGGUUCCAAUGUGGUUUAUUAAAACACCAAAAAAACAAAAGCGUGUUCAAUAAUAUUCCCAACGCAUGGACAGCAGCGCAGCACAAUCGAGGAUCAAGGUUGUCGCCGUAUCGAUCGCUCCUCCGUGUGCCUCCUUCGGGAGCUCCGUGCAGCCGGUGGAAAUAGGAAUCGUGUUGUACGUACUCUCACACAAACAGUAGUAAACAACGCCCGCAUGCGAAGAUUGAGCUGCAGAGUGCUCUGGACUGCGUCACUUAGACUGUGGCAGCAACGCAGAGUGGUAGCACGCGACAGAACGGGUCCCGCGUGCUUAUCGCGGCAAAACUAUUGAAACCUAUCGGACACGAUUGUUAGUUUAGAGUUUUGUGUAGUUAUGCACACAGUGAGCCAGCUUGGGAAACAAUCGUUCGACUAUUUCUAAAAUAUUCUGACGACAAACGUGCGUUUUCUAAGCCAAGCGAAGCAUAGUGCUCCUGGAAAGGAUCAACCGAAACGAGUGAAAUACACCUGCUACAGGAAUCUGCUGACGAAUCGGCGUUGUUUCAACAGUGGAAAAAGGAUUCUAUCAGAACUGCCUCCUGUUCAUAAUGCAAGCCAUCGGUUACAAUGAGCGAUUUUUCGUCGACAAUUAUUCCACUAUGGACGAGGACGAUGAGCUGUAUCUGAGCUAUGACUGGUCAUCAGACGCGAUGUCGAUCAAAAGCGCCGGAAGUGACUCAAGCCGAUCCGAUGAUUGUGAUCAGAAUGGAGAGCGGCUAUCGUUGGCGUAUGAACGAUUGUCCCAGAUCCCGCGCAAAAUAGCCGAGAAGUUCUCCCGCACCACGACCAUCUUGGACUUGAGUUACAACGAAAUCAAAGAUCUAUCCUUCCUGACGCAUUUCCGGCAGCUGAACACGCUCAUACUGGACAAGAACGUACAGCCGGACGAGCGGACAUUGCCCACGCUUGCCAACCUGGAGCUGCUAUGGCUCAACCACUGUGAUAUCAUUAACCUGCAGAACUGGAUCUACCGCAUCCGAGAAUGUUGUCCAUCGCUAAAGUACCUGUCGCUGAUGGGUAACCCGGGUGCGACCUCCUCCUUCAACGGUAACUCUACCCUGGAACACAACGACUAUCGGCUGUUCGUGAUCAGUAUUUUGCCACAGUUGCGCUAUCUGGACGAUAGCGAAGUAACGGCAGCUCAGCGCACGCAGGCGAAAACCUUCAAACAGACGUAUAACCUAAACCAGGGACCGUACAACAUCUUCGAGACUGUAGGACGCCGCCAGCAGUCGGUACUUCUGCCAGUCGCUCCAGUUCCCGCAACGGAAACCACUCCCACUCCUGCAACGGUGACAACAACGAUGACUAGGCCAGCGCCGAAGUUGGCCACUUCACAGAAGAAAAACCGGAAGCGUCGGAGCGGUGGCGCAACACAGUCGGAAAAUUCCUAAACCGUACCAUCGCACCUCGCUGACAAGUUAUGUUGUAAUGUGUUUAGUCUUACCCGUAGCACGUAAUAGGCCCAGUACACACAGAGACCUUGGACAAUAGAGCAAGCCGCCGCAGUAUCAUGGUGCUAUACGUAGUUCGCAUGCUCUUCUCUACUGGUUAAGAUUUGUAAUAAAGAAUUGACCUCAGGCAAGGAAUGCUUUACGCACACCAAAUCACCCAACA